UCUACUCUUGUAGGAGUUUUCAAGUUAUAACUUCAGACUUGAAAGAAAAAGUAUGUGUAUCAUAUACAAACGAUCCUACUAGAAUAAAGCUAUACCAAGUUAUUUGAUCCUUCGCCAAAACCUCAAAAAGUUCCUUCUUCACCCUCGUUUUCUUGAUGCUUUAAUGUAGAGGUGCACAUUCGAGUGCGGUUGUUGGGUAUGAUGUCUCAAGUCUAGUUGACUUCAGUUCUUGAGUGCAUGUAAAUAUCUUGGUUAUUUCGAGUUGCAUGUUAGCGUCAUGGUAAUGGAAGAUUUUCUACCUAUGCAUCCAAUCUCUAUUCCCUUCAUUUUUUUAUCCUUAUUCUACAUAUGGCUCAAAAAGAAUACAGCCAUUAGACAAAUUUUACCUCCAUCUCCCCCAAAGCUGCCUAUACUAGGGAACCUUCACCAACUCGGGCAAUACCCUCACCAAACUCUUCAAUCCAUGUCUCGGCAAUAUGGUGAGCUUAUGUUGCUUCACCUCGGCAGUAAGCCAACUCUUGUUGUAUCAUCAGCAAUUGCUGCUCGAGAAAUUAUGCAAAAAAAUGACAUCAUAUUCUCUAACAGACCUCAGUCUAUUAUCAGUAAAAGACUCAUAUAUGAUAGGAAAAAUGUUGCGGGUGCUCCUUAUGGAGAGUAUUGGAGGCAGAUGAAGAGUAUAUGUGUGCUUCAGCUUUUGAGUAACAGGAGAGUUCGGUCCUUCCAAAAUGUGAGGGCGGAAGAAGUGACUGUCAUGAUGGAGAAGAUAAGAAAGACGACAUCUGCUGUCAAUUUGAGUGAAGUAUUUAUGACGUUUACAAACGACGUGAUAUGCAGGAUUGCAUUUGGGAGGAAAUAUAGUGGAGAGGAAAGUGGAGUGAAGUUCAAGGAAUUGUUGAAAGAGUUUGUGGAGCUUUUAGGCACAUUUACGGUGAGUAAUUUCAUACCAUGGCUCACUUGGGUUGAUCGAUUAAAUGGGUUGCACGACAAGGUGAACAGAGUUGCUAAAGAGUUUGAUGAGUUUCUAGAGGGAGUCGUUGAAGAGCAUAUAAGCCGAAGAUUGAAGGAAGGAAAUAGUGGGACAAUUGAGAGAGAUAGAGUUAAGGAUUUUGUGGAUGUUCUACUCCAGGUUCAAAUGGACAAUACAGCCGGUUUUCCCAUUGACAGAGAUAGCAUCAAAGCUCUCAUAUUGGAUAUGUUUGCGGGUGGAACUGAUACAACAUAUACCGUCUUAGAAUGGGCAAUGACAGAGCUUUUGAGAAAUCCUAAAAUUAUGAAAAAACUGCAAGAAGAAGUGAGGGAAAUUACCAGAGGACAAGCAGACGUAUCUGACGACGAUCUAGAAAAGAUGAAGUUCUUGAAGGCAGUGAUCAAAGAAACACUUCGACUUCACCCUCCAAUUCCAUUGUUGGUUCCUCGAGAAUCAACUCAAGAUGUCAAAAUUAAUGGCUAUGACAUCACUGCUGGGACACGGGUUAUCACUAACGCUUGGGCAAUCCAUCGAGAUCCAGCAACUUGGGAUGAGCCUGAGGAAUUCCAACCAGAAAGAUUCAUGAACUCUACAACAGAUUAUAAAGGACAAGACUUCAAACUGAUUCCAUUUGGGUCUGGCAGGAGGGGCUGUCCAGGGAUCUCGUUUGCCAUAGCCAACAAUGAGCUCGUACUAGCAAAUAUAUUGAGUAAAUUUGACUGGGCAUUGCCUGGAGACAAAAAGGAUGAGACUUUGGAUAUGAGACAACGUACAGGACUUACAAUCCACAAAAAAGUUCCUCUUUUUGCGGUUGCAACUCCUUAUACUAGCAUGAAUGAGGAAUAUAGUUUGUUCAAUGAGGAAUAUCUACAAGCAGAAUAG